AUGGCUGAAUUGCCUGCUAUACGCUUAAAACCAGCUAGACCCUUUGAAGCAACUGGUGUCGAUUUAGCUGGCCCCUUUUUAAUGAAAUUAACAGAUAAGCUAAAUUUAAAUACACGCUCAAAAGCAAAUUUGCCAGAAGUCAAAGGCUGGAUUGCUGUUUUCAUAUGUUUAGUCACGCGCGCUAUUCAUUUGGAACCAGUAAUGGAUUUAUCGGCCGACGCAUUUUUACAAGCCUACACAAGAUUUACAUCACGCAGAGGAAAUCCGAAAACUGUUCAUAGCGACAACGGUCCAAAUUUGGUCGCAGGUGAUAGAAUUUUACGAGAAGCUGUGGAAUCUUUUGCUGACGCUAAAGUGCAACAAUACGCAAGUUGUAACCAUACAAAAUGGAAUUUUAUUACGCCAGCUGCACCACAUGAAGGUGGAAUCUGGGAGGCUGCCGUUAAGUCUAUGAAGCACCAUUUAAGACGCGUAAUGGGCCCCCAAAAAUAUUCAUACGAAGCCAUAUCAACGCUAUUAGCAAGUAUUGAAGCUUGCCUAAAUUCACGCCCUAUAUGUGCUAUGUCAGACGAUCCUUCUGAUAUAUCAACGCUUACGCCAGCGCAUUUUCUAAUUGGUGGUCCAUUGAAACUUCCCUUGCCAGAAGAUGCCGGUGAACCUCCCAAAACGGCGAAACGCUUAUAUGCUACGCUUCAAGCACAAACAAAUUCAUUUUGGAAGCAGUGGUCACAAGACUAUCUCCAUUCGCUUAUGCACCGACCGAAAUGGAGAGAAAUGCAAGAGAAUGUCGAAAUUGAUCAACUAGCUUUGAUAAAAGAUGAAAAUUUGCCUCCAACGCAUUGGGCAAUGGGACGCAUUAUUGAAACGCAUAAAGCGAAAGAUGGAUGUGUUCGCUCUGUUACGCUAAAAACGCAGAAUGGUAAAUUGGAUCGCUCGAUAAGAAAAAUAUGCAUUAUGCCUACCGAUCAAGAAUUAGACUACUGGGUUGAGAAUUGA